GCGUGCUUGUAUUACUUUGUGUAGCUAGCUACUCUUUAUCUUCUUGUACGAACCUAGUAUCCCGGGAAACUCUCAAUGAACCACAGCACAUUCCCAGUUUGUCUUAAUCACUGACGGCUCUUGCGGUCCGGGGUGUAUGAGCUCAGUAAUUAGACUCAGAGUGUGCAUCUCUGCACAUCUAGCAACCAUCUAGAAAUUCAUACCUCCUACGACCGUUGUCGUGGGUUGUCAUUCCGGGCCUCAUUUGACCAUAACUCGCUAUGAAGAUCGUCACAACCUUUCAUCCAACGUCUUCAGUUGUUGCUUCGGUGAAAUGUUGCUUAACAUCGGACAAUGACCUGGAGCACCUCGUGGUAGCGAAGCCCAACAGUGUGGAAGUCUUCACUCUGACUUUGGAUGGUCUUCGCAAGGAGUGCGAGCUGGAGAUUUGGGGUCGUGUGUUGGCCUUGAGAACAAUACCGAUACAGACUGGAUCUAAACUGCUUGUCCUGACUGAUCAUCCUGACCCUCAUGCUAUCGUUCUUGAAUACCAUACAAAUGCAGCGGCACCAUAUCUCUCGACUGAGAGCUCUUUAUCACUGCAUGAUCGAAACGCCAUGCACGCAGAGUUCUGCACUGAUGUGAUAGUUAGUGCAGACAGUGAAGUGGCCAUUGUCAGCUGUUACAAAGGCAAACUGAAGGUGCUCUCCUUGGAGCAGGGGAAGAUAGUCGAGUCGUUCGACGUCGCCAUUCCGGAACUUAACCUGCUGGCGAUCAGCUUCCUUGACCAUCAUGAAUACCAGUUGGUUGUGGCACAUAUCGAUGCCCAAAGACGAAUCCAGUUGCUUUCCAGAGAACUCGAGUUUUCCGCCAGAGAAAUAUCUGCAGAACCAAGCGAGUUCUUACCUAGUACCACUUUACUACAAAGCGCUUUCCCCUUCCCAGAUUCGCCUUUGCAUCUUAUUUCUGUUCCAGCGUUCGAGUACAAGAUCGACGACCAUGACGUCAAAGCCGAUGGAGGUGUCCUAGUUAUUGGCGGACGACAGAUACAGUUUUUCGAACUCGCUCAUAGACAACAGCAGAGGGCAAAGAAGGAUAAGAGGUCACGAUUAGACAAACGGAAGACUGGCGACAAUGAAGAACAAAAGAUGAAGGCGAAAGAGAAGGAGAAGGAACGAAAUACGAGAAAGGUCAAACCACGAGCUUCGGUAAAAUGGCCUUGGAGCGAAGUUGCAGCGGUCUGUAACGUUGACUUCAAUUAUCGAAGGAUUCUCAUUGGUGAUAAGUUCGGUCGGUUAAGCCUCCUUACAAUAGAUGACAAGCUCAGUCUCAUUAUUACACCCAUUGGUGAGAUUUCGCCACCCAUGACCUUGACAUAUCUCAGCUCUCAGAUCGUCUACAUUGGUUCUCACUACGGUGAUUCCCAGCUCGUCCGUAUACUCCCUGCCCCCGCCUCCUCAGUGGAUGUCGAUACCUUACCCAUACCGAGUGAUAUCAUAACGUCUAGUCCUGCUUCCUUAACUCAAUCUGAGAAGGGCAAAGAAGUGAUGACACAUGAUGGUAAAGAUCGUGCAAAAGGCAUUGUUUUGAAGCUGAAGGGAAGCCAUGUGGAAGUCUUGGAGACCUACCGGAACAUUGCCCCUAUUGUUGAUGCUAUACUAGCGGAUCUUGACGACAGUGGACAGCCUCAGAUCGUUACAUGUUCGGGAGAGAACAGUACAGGAUCUCUAAAUGUUAUCCAGACAGGUGCCGACUUCUUGGAGUUGGCGAACUUGAAAGGUUUAUCAGAAGUUAUCAAGAUUCAUCCAAUACGUUCACGUUUUGAAAGCUCAAUACACACUCACUUACUGUUUACGACGUACCACGAGUCCUAUAUCUUCCGCUUGGACGAUCGUAGCUCUCUGCACCGGCUAGAGGAAUCUUCAACUGGUUUCAUUACAUCCGCUCCCACACUCGCAUUGUCGAAUAUUACUCGACGUACACUUGUAAACGGAAAGUCGUCCUAUGUUGACUCCUCAUGGGUUGUACAAGUCACUGCGAAAAGUAUCGCUUUGUUAGAAUUUGACGACGCACUUGGAGUCUUCCACAAAGUCGGCAGUGGAUGGUCACCAGAUCGGCUCGAAUACCCAUUGAAGGGCAACGAUAUUGUUUCUGCUGAUAUCAGCCCGAGUCAAAUUGUGGUUGGCUUGGCUGGUGGAUACUUGUUGGUUUUAACUACAAACGAUGAAGGACAGAUUCAAGUCCUCCGUACGCACUCGUUCCGUGACGAGCAGCGUCAAGCGAAGGAGAUAUGUGCCAUAUCCUGCCAGCCAUUGGAUGCGACCAAAUUCUUCACCGUGCACAUCGCUGUAUCGUUCUUCACUGGGAAUACUGUCGCCGUACUUUCGCUCGAGAAACCUGAACUGCAAGUCCUAUGUGAAAGCACCGCUCUCCCUUCACUUCCUUACUCGUUGAUGUUGCACAACUUCGGAUCUGGUCGCAAAGCGAAAGAUCCGGAUUUCCGGCCGGUGGUUCUAGUUGGUUUGACUCAUGGUUCAAUCGUAACAUUCAACUUCAAAGACAACGGCCUUCAUGACAAGAAGGUCCUUCCGUUGGGUAACAUUCCGGUCAGCCUCUCUGCCUGUGAGGUUGAUGGCAGGCGUGCGGUCUUUGCAAGUGGGAGUAGGUCUACUGUCUUAUACUGGGAUCGUCAACGGAUACGACACUCAAGCGUGCUCCUUAAGGAUCUAGCCGCUGCCGCACGAUUGAAUAGUUCUGCGUUCUCAUCGGCCUUGAUCCUAGCGACAGAGUCAUCAAUCGUCAUUGGUAGAGUCAGAGGUGUUGACAAAAUGCAAAUACGUCAGAUACCUUUGGGAUACGACAACCCACGUCGUAUCACCUAUCACUCGGGGUUGGGCGAAUUUGGCGUGGCUUCUCGUCAAAUCACCCCCAGUCGGGUGGGAGAUGCCGAGUCCUAUCGAAGUACCUUCAAUCUACUUCAUGGCCAGAGCUUCCAGCGCCUAUGCCAAUUCGUAUGUGAACCGGAGGAAGAAAUUACUUCGGUAUGCGCUCUUGAACACCUGGACUCUUCGAAUCCUGUGUUCGAAGCACGCAAGCCUACGUUCUGUAUUGGCACAGUCUACCAUCGUCAUGGCGAACGUGAGCCAUCCGCCGGGCGACUCAUCGUCUUUCAGGAGUCUACUCCCGAUGAUUCGUCUGCGGUUGGGAGUAAGUUAAGCACUCUGGCUGAAAUUGAAACCAGCGGCUGUGUCUGGGCAAUAGACGUUGUUAAAGAUAUGAUUGUUGCUGCGAUGAACUCAUCGGUCGUCCUCUACACUUUAGCUACCAAUCCGGUGAUCAAACCUCCCGUCAUUUCCUUGCAUAAGCUACACGAAUGGAAUCAUAAUUAUACUGUGAUAAGCCUCGUCGCACACGACGACAUCAUCACGAUUGGAGAUGCAAUCAGCUCUGUCUCUGUUCUACAGGUCUCUGGCAAAGAGAUCAAGAGCGUUGCGAGGGACUAUGGGCCCCUCUGGCCAGUCGCUGUGGAAGCAUUACCUGACAAAGGUGUUAUUGGCGGCAAUGCUGACGGAAACCUCUUUUCAUUCGCUCUUGAACGUACUGAUCAACGUACUAUUCUAAGUCAAAAUGGCAGUUAUCACCUCGGCGAGAUGGUCACGAAAAUAGUGCCAGGGAGCAUUGCCGCCCAGGAAACGCAAGAUGUGGACGUCUUUAAACCAGAACACCUGUUCUUCACUUCCUCCGGACGUAUUUGCCAAACACUCCAUGUGAAUGAUGAGAGAAUUUCCCUUGGGUUAACGGCUUUGCAACACAACAUGUCGAAGAAGCUGGUGGGUGCUGGUGAUAUUCGCCAUUCAAAGUGGAGGACACCGGCAAAUCGGUAUGGUCGAAGUGACGCAGAUGCCGCUAUAGGUUUCUUAGAUGGCGAUUUCCUCGAGCAGUUCUUGAACCAAGCUGAUGCAGAGGCAUUGUUGCAGGGAGAAAAUGAGGCGGAACGAGUUCCCAUUAGUCCUGCCAAGAUGCGAGACCUCCUAGAAAAGCUGCAGAGCUUACACUAAAUGACACGCAAGAACAAUGAUAGCAUGAAAACCUGUACGCUGAAUGUUGUACUAACAGUCUAAUCAAAUGAUAUCAGAAAACUGCUCCAUCUAACGAGUG